AUGAGUUCCGUCGAUGCGAAGCUGCUGAAGUCGACCAAGUUUCCACCUGAGUUCAACCAGAAAGUCGACUUUCAGAAGGUUAAUUUGGAGGUAAUGAAAAAAUGGAUCGCAGGAAAGAUAUCAGAUAUAUUAGGAGCUGAAGAUGAUGUUGUCAUUGAACUGUGUUUUAAUCUCAUUGAGGGUUCACGAUAUCCGGAUAUCAAAAAGUUACAAAUAUCACUCACCGGUUUUCUCGACAAGGAUACACCGGGGUUUUGCAAGGAGUUAUGGAAACUUUGUCUCAGUGCGCAGGCCAGUCCUCAAGGUGUUCCAAAAGAACUUCUCGAGGCGAAAAAGUUGGAACUUAUACAGGAAAAGAUACAAGCCGAGCAAGCUGCAGAUGAUGCACGUCGGCGUCGAGAAGACGGUGAACGGAGAGACCGGGAAAUGCACGCAAUAAGAGAUCGCGAACGAGGCGAUCGCGGCGGACGUGGGCGAGGAGGAGGAGAUAGCUGGCGCGGUGGUCGCGGGGAUCGAGAUUUUGAUCGAAGUGGUGGCAGAGGGUUCGAUCGAAGAGGUCCAAGAUAUUCGAGGUCGCCACGCGGAGCGCGAGACAAUAGAGUCUAUGUCCUACCACCUCGAAGCGACACUUACGUUCCCGCAACUCGUGAUAGACGAGACGACAGGCGAAGACCAACUUUAUCACGCUCUAGGUCGCCUUCAAGAUCAAAGUCCCCAUCACGAUCUCCACCAAGACGACGCAGUCGGUCAGCUUCAGAAUCUAGGUCACCAUCACCUCGUAGGCGCAGGUCUAGAUCGCCAGAAAGGCGCAAUCGUGGGAGGGGUAGUAGGGGACGCGCGAGAAGCCCAGAGAGAAGACCACGCCGUAGAUCUCCUUCGACCUCAAAAUCACGUUCUCCACCUCGAAAGCGGAGAAGAGCUUCGACAGAAUCCUUAAGUCGUUCUCCACCCCCAAAGUCUCGCAGAUACCGUCGUCGCAACACGAGUUCUAGAUCUAGAUCUCGUUCCUCAUCUCCCUCAUUAAGCCGAAGCCCAACCCCACGGAAGAGAACUGUCUCACCCUCAAGUCCUGUCAGAAAAGAUAGACGAGGCAGCCGCGAUGUGAGGCGGCUAUCGCGAAGCAUUAGCCGGAGCGCCUCUCCCCCUGUUCGACGUCGUAGGGAUUCUUCGAAGGAUGAAGUCCGUAAUGGAAGGAAUGAUAAUGGAAAGAGACGUCGCUCUCUGCAAAGAUAUGAACCCACAAGCCGAAGAAGAAGGAAUAGUUCUUCAAAUGUAGAGGAUGGAAGAAACAAGAGGGCUGAUACUGAAGAAAAAAGUGACAGGGGAUCACCAAUUCGAGACGUCGAAGCCGAUAAAACAGCUGGAUCUGCCGAACCUGCACAGAAUUUGAGAAAAGAUCCGCAGAAGUUAGCCGCCGAAUUGCGAGAAAAAUUGUUAAGGGAAAAGAUUAAGAAGAUGAGAACUUCGAGUUCCACCGCACAUUCAGUAACUCAUGCUAACGCUCAUUGA